AUGCCGGCCCAAGUUCUCCCUUCUGAGUCUUAUGCGAAGAAUGGCGUCGUAAAACUGACCAACUGCCGCGUUGUUCGUAGCGAUCGGCUUGUUGAAGAAGAUAUAUGGAUGAGCUCACAGACGGGCAAGAUCUUGAAUGGGCAACGAGAGUUCUUCGACAGUCGAACAGAGCCGGAUGAGACGGUUGACUUAGGAGGCCGGAUCGUCUGUCCUGGCUUCAUUGAGACCCAGCUCAACGGUGCAUUUGGUUUUGACUUCUCUGUCGUGCCAGAAAAUCUGUCAGACUACAGCAAAGGCCUGGCUCACGUCAACAACCUGCUGGCCAAGACAGGUGUAACAUCCUAUUUGCCCACAGUGACAAGUCAACCUGCCAGGGUCUACCAAACGGUCUUACCUUUCCUCGGACCCAGUGGUGCCCUCCGUUCUCCAUCUAUUGGUGCCGAAUCACUUGGAGCUCAUUGCGAAGGGCCCUUCAUAAGCCCCAAGCGGAACGGCAUCCACUUCCUUUCAAACAUCCUAGAUCCAGCUUCCGGGAUCUCCUCCCUUGAGUCCUGCUAUGGAACCGAUAAUCUCCAGGCCUCCACCACUCCUAUCAAGGUCAUCACCCUCGCACCUGAACUCCCCAAUGCCGUUCCUGUCAUCGAAGAACUAUCUGCGCGUGGAAUCAUCCCGUCUAUUGGGCACACGGAUGCCACCUACGAAGAAGCCCUUGCUGGCAUAAAUGCGGGAGCAAAAACCGUUACUCACCUAUUCAACGCCAUGCGACCACUACACCACCGCAAUCCAGGUGUCUUCGGUCUACUUGGCACCGCUCCAUCUGCACUCGCACACUCGAUCGACCUAGGUUCAGAUACUCCCAGCGCUCAUCACGACCCACCUGCCCAUGAAACGUACACGAAGCCAUACUUCGGCAUCAUCACUGACGGCAUCCACGUCCACCCCAGCGUCGCAACCCUCGCCUACUCCUUUCACCCCGACGGCAUGAUCAUCGUAACCGACGCCAUGCCUUUCCAGACCUACCCCGACGGCCUCUACCCCGCCCCCUACGGCUCCCACAUCCGCAAAUCCGGGAACGUGCUCACGCUCGAAGAGUCAUCCCGCCCCGCGGGGCGGCUAGCGGGGUCAUCGAGCUCGUUGAUUGAGUGUGUGGAGAAUUUCUGGAAUUGGGUCGGGCCGGAGGUGUCGUUGGCGAGGGUGUUGGCUACGGUGACGUCGACGCCGGCGAAGAUGUUGGGUUGCUAUGGGGCGAAGGGAUGUCUUGAGCCGGGCGCGGAUGCGGAUGUGGUGGUGUUGAAGGGUGGGUUGGAGAGGAGUGGAAGGAAGACGUUGAGGGUGGCUGAAGUAUGGAAGUUUGGCGCGCGGGUGCAUAAGGGCGACGUCUAG